AUGGUUACAGCAACAGACUGGAGACUGGAGAGGCCCCCCAGUCUUGAUGGAUGUGUGCACUCUGCCCUGCUCAAAGACCCCUUUGUAGGACUUGUAUUUAUAAAGCAAGCAUCGCACCUUCUGCUCAGUCCCUUCUACACUUCAAUCAUGAAAGCCACAUGCAGAGCUGCUCUCCUUCUGGUCUGCUUCAUUUGGGCCAUCAAUGCACAGGCUCAGAACAGCAGUACCCAGGGGAACAGCCUUAACCACGUCGAAAACGCCCAACACAGCCAACAGCAGCAACAGCCGCAGCGGAGAGGAAGCAUCUGGGAUGAGCCCAUUCGUUUCAACACCAAAGCUAAAGAUACCUGCACCAUGGUGAUCUCUGGCAAGACCAACUCAACCAAGCUGCGUGUCUCCUGCAAGAGCAAGGGCAAAUCAUACUGGUGCGAUUUCUUGGGCAAGCCUAACCUCUGCAGAUCAUACAACAACAACCCUCGGCACUUUUUCACUCAGAUCAUGUGGGAAAUGAGGAAGCUCCACAACGCCUGCCAGGGACCACGGGUCUACAAGCCACAGAUGUGCCGCUCUGCUUCUGAUGAGGUCCAAAUGGUGUUCAAUGCCUCAUGGCCCAAAAUCUCUGUUCCAAAACCUACCCAGGCUUCUAAGAACCAGCAAAAGCAACAGCAGCAGGUCAAGACCAGCAUCACCCCUACCAAACCUCCCAGCCACAAGCAGCAGCCUAAAAAACAGAAACCAGCCAAACCAGACAUUGAACAUAUCAAGCCUGUUUUUUUAAAGCCUGUUAAUACACGUAAACCUGCAAAAACCAUCACAGCGAGACCCACUGUGGCAGAGGAGAGUCAAGCAGCCAAGAUGGCUGAGGAAUACUGCUGGAAAAGUAUCCAGGGAGUCUGCGCAUACUUCAUUAGCUGGUUUCAGAAUUAAUUAAUCACCACCUUUGGUUAACAGUGUCAGAGACUUUCAGAUUGCGUGACCACCGGCCAAGUUUUUCGCAGGGACCCGUGUAUGUGUGUGCGUGUUUGUGUGUGUGAAAUAAUGUAAUUAUGACUACACUUGUGUGCUAAUGUUUGUUUUUCUAUGCGAGUCAAUGUGCAUGCUAAUUGCGAAAAAGAAUGAAGAAAAGACAUUUGUAAAAUGGAUGUUUAAUAAAAACACAUUUCUUAAUUCUC